AUGGCCCCCGACGUUGCCUCCUUCAUUGAAAACGACCUCCACACCGAGAUCGAUGCCAGCCUCGGCUUUGAGGAUGAGCCUCUUCAACUGUCCGCAUCCACCCUUGCCGCGCUCAUGGACUUCCAGAACGAGCAGGAGGAGCGGGAACAGAAGUUCGCCGAGCUCCACAAACAGGCAGAGGAGGACUUUGAUAAGCUCUGCGACGGGUCCAAGGACAUCCAGGACUUUGAGGAGGACUGGCAACUGUCGCAGUUCUGGUACAACAAGGCCACCGCCACCAAGCUGGCUCGAGAGCUCCUCGCCGGGGCCGAUAAAGAUACUGUUAUUGCCAUUGUCUCUGCGCCCUCCGUCUAUGCUGCCAUGAAGGCUCUUCCCGAGGAGGAGAUCGUUACCCAGAACGUGUUUCUGCUAGAGUACGACGAGCGGUUCGGAGUGCUUGCUGGAAAGAAGCGAUUCGUCCUCUACGACUUCAACAAGCCCCUGGUGCUGCCCAGCGAAAUCAAAAACGUGUGCGAUCGGGUUCUGGUCGACCCCCCGUUUCUGUCGGAGGAGUGCCAAACCAAGGCUGCCAUGACCGCCCGUCUGCUGCUCAAGAAGCCUACUGCUCGCAACGACAAGUACAAGGCCAUUGUCUGCACCGGCGAGCGAAUGGCCAACGUCAUCGCCAAGGUCUACCCCGACACCAAGGUCACCGACUUCCACCCCGAGCACGAGAAGGGUCUGUCCAACGAGUUCCGAUGCUACGCCACCUACGAGGGCGCCGGCUGGAAAUUUGUCUAG